GGAACAGUGGUGACGGUAUCCUUUGCGGUGUGUGGCAGUGAAUCCGCGACCACGGCGGAAGGCGGUAGUCUUGUGUUUUUCGUGCUUCUGUAAGUCCCCGCACGUGCGCCACUAGUGUGUUUGUGUCUGUGUGUGUCGGUUGAAGCAUAGGAACACACAAUGAUUGGAGUGGUUCAGAGUGGUAUGCGAUAAAAUCUACACGAAGCAGAUAUUUUGUAAAGAGGACGUUUGAAUUUUGUUAAUUUUUUUGUUUUGUGAGGCGAGAGACGAAAGUUGAGUUUGGAAGAAGUUCUGAAUGGCGUGUUAAAACAAGUGCCGAACGGUGGUUCCACUGUCAUUAUGCUUACUUCUAGUGCCAACCAAUACCUGCGCCCGGAGUAUCUGACGCCGUUGCCCACCACGCUCGAUGCUAAGAAGAGCCCAUUGGCCCUCCUGGCUCAAACAUGCAGUCAGAUCGGAGCCGAUUCUCCCAGUUCGAAGCCACUGAUCCCGCCGCUGGAGAAGACUACGAAGAGCAGCAAGGCAGACACCCCGCGAGAGAAGGCCUCACCGGCUUCAUCAAUCGGCAGCAAUUCUAUAUGCGACGUUGCUGUCAAGUCCAGUUUCAAGCCCUAUGAGUCGUGUACAAGGGACAAGGCAGGUUCGCCUGAGGAGAGGGGAGGGUCGUCGUCUUCAGGAAGCCGGGUUCGUACCCCGGUGUCGUCCAACAAAAGUACUAACAAUACGCCAGGCUCCAAUAGCGGCAGGUGUAGCAGCAAUCAGCCCGCCACUUCUUCGGCGACUUCAUCGUCUAGCGCCGGACAAAUGGAUUCAGCCGCUGUGACAACGAAGUCGGGCUCAGGCGAUGGCACUGCGGUCACUCGUACCGUUCCUAGCCCGCUAACGAGCGCCAAGGUAGGGUUUACGCCAAGUCUCCUGCCUCCUUCCGCAGAUCCUGCACUGAAAGACAUCCCUCUAGGGACAUUCAAGACAAACACGGGGCUGCCAGUAUCGACGGCGGGCUAUCUUGGCGGGUACCCCGGAACACACUUCCCCAUGGAUGUGAUGGCGAAUAGCCUCAUGUCACCGCACCAUCAGCACCUGAAGCCCGGCCUCAACCCGUACAUCGGCUACGCGCGAAUGAAAACCCCAUCUGGGACAGACACGCUUGUUCCAGUUUGCCGCGAUCCUUUUUGCAACAGUUGUCAGCUGAGCUCGCACCUCCUGGCUGCGUCUGGUGCCGCAGCCGCCGCUGCUGCUUCGGGUGGCAAGACGCAGGGCUCAGGAGCGUCCACGGGUGCCUGUCCUGGAGGGUGCGCCCAGUGCGACCACGCCAGCGCUGCGGCAGCGGGCAAGCCCGGCGCCUUCCUGGCAGGUCACCACAACCCGGCUGCGGCCGCAGCUUAUGCUCAUGCUCAGCUGGCUGCCCUCGCAGCCGCCUCCCACCUCCCGUACGUGUGCAGCUGGAUCGCGGGAGACGCGGCCUAUUGCGGAAAACGCUUCUCGAACUCGGAGGAACUGUUGCAGCACCUGCGGACCCACACCAACCUCACCUCCUCGGCCUCUGACGCCAGUGCUGCGGCACUGUCACUCCUGAGCCCUCCAGGGCUUACGCCAUCUCACCCGCUUUUUCACCGAACUUACCCCACUCCGCCGCUCAGUCCACUAGCCACGGCCAGGUAUCACCCUUACAGCAAGCCUCCACUGCUACCACCGUCGCUUUCGGCCUCGUCCUUAGGAUUUCCUCUUCACCCGCAUCCUGGAAUACCCCCCUACUUCUCACCAUACUCUCUGUACGGGCAGCGGUUAGGCGCCACGUCUGGCAUGCAUCCAUGAGCAUUGGCGUCCGUGCUCGAACUCCUUCGGGCAGAGAAAAACUUCACCGCAUGAUAAGCUAGUGCUCACUUGAGUGUAGAGAAAACACGUCUUGUUUGAUUUCUAAGGAAGAGACAGUCAAAUAUACAUGCAAGGUAAAUUAUUCA